AUGGAUCCCCUUUCGGCAUUUGGAGCAGCGGCAACGAGUAUCCAGCUCUUCAUUGGGGCGGGCAAGGGCGUCCUGUCGCUUGCAGCGCUCGUGAGGAAGAUAGAGGGCCUGCCAGAGAGCCUGCAUAGCCGGCUCAGGCACGUCGAGCGCGAGUUGGCGUCUCUCAACGACUUGCUGGGUGCGGACGGGCCGAACCACAUUCACUUUUCGGCUCAGCACUAUGCGCGCAUUUCCGUGCCUGCUACCGAGUCGCGAAAGGCAGUGGAAGAGCUCGUGGGCCUCCUCCAGCCACUCACGCGAGGUGUGGAACGGGCCGAGGGGAAGAGAAAAGCGGUUGUCCGAAUCUGGAGGUCUCUCUUGACGGUACAGAAGGAGGCCGAGUUGACCUCAAAACUGCAAUUAGUUGAGAGACUCAACGGCAGUCUACUGAGGGAACUUCAGCUGUGCGCGCUGGACUUGCAAGCGUCAUCUCGGGAUCGAAUUCUUUCUGCGAUACAAAGUUGCGUGGAAGAGAUACGUGAUAGUCGAGAGUCUAUCGAUGAGCUGAAACAACGAGCAGACCUAACUCAGCACGAGAUCUUGACUCUAAUGGACAAUCGUACAUUGGUCAUCAAUCAAAUUCUGCAGGUGAUCGGGAGCAACUUCCAUGACGCCCAUGUACCCCCGAAUGGGUUUUCACAAUCAACAAAAGCUCGCGUUAACAAUGUCGUUCUCGAACUUCAAGAAAGUCGGGUGGAGGCAAGCAAUCAAGCCGCCGAGAUAGUAGCAAGCGUCCAAACAGGACAACACCAGGAAUCCAAACAGUGCAAUGAGAUCAAGGGCAUAUCUCAGAGCAAAGAUGUCCUUGAGGCCAUCGGGGUCUUGCUCAACUCUAAGAUGGCGUUGAAGUACCAGCAUUCAGCACAGCCUGCCCAGGUGCGGCAGCCUCAAGAAACAAUGCUCAGCAUUGAUACUCAGUCUGCCACUGCAACACUUACACAGCUCAGUUUUAGUCACGCCGCCGGAGGACGAGUUGGUGCCCAAGGCCAGCCUCCUAUCAGGUGCCUUUGUGGAACGAGAAAGGACCGCGCCCGUUGGUUCUUUGGGCGAUUUCGCCUGCGUGUCCAGGCAAGCGCAUCACGGAUCUGUCCUCUCCAUGGCCAGGCCAGCCUAUGUUCGAUCGAGGUAAAGCUCUCUCCCCUCCUCAACGGAGUUUUGCAAGUCACAUGUGGCAUUUUGAGCGGCAAGACCGGCUGGGAGGUGGCGCCUCCUCUCCAUUUCCGUGCCUAUGUCGAUCGACUUGGAAAUCCCUUGUUCAGGGCGUUUGAUAAGUUCGCGACGAUAGGCAUGGGCGGUCACUAUUGGAUAUGGAAUGAUCACUAUCAGGACAUGGUUUUCAGGUGUUUCCAUAACGACAGCCCCGAAGGAAUGGCGGCCGUGAAAAUCGGACUGGCAAAGCUUAUCGAGAGUCUUCAAGACGCGGCCACCACUGGCCAAAUCUGUGGCCGCGAGAUCAGCUCAGAUGGAUCAACGCUCCUGAUGGAGAUCAUGCACCUGGUAACGGAUCUUGGCCCCGUGAUGACAAGCGCUUGCAUAGAAGAGAUACUGCAUCUUUUGGAUUUUGCCUCCUUUCUGGGUGCUAACGCUGACACGGAGGUUGCACGGCCGGAUUCUGCUGUGCAGAGUCACAAAUUUGUUUCCACGGCGUUGUCGCCAACUCAGUACCUUUUUUGUUCGAAACUUGACGCUACAGUUUGUAGAGAUAGUCCACAGGACUGCAUGUCAUUCAGGCAGAUUAUAUCGCGCCUCAGUACCGGCCUCGAGCCUCUUCAAGAUGUUCCACUUUUCAACUUUUGCGAUCUGACGAUACGGUCUGAUGGUGAUGCGUAUUGGCAGCGACUAACACAGCUCACCAAAGGCUGUCCGGUGAUAGCUGAUGGCUCGUUGCUGCUCUUUGCCCCUAUAUUGAAGAUUUGGGGAGCUCUGACUUGUUAUCCGCUAGCCCUGGAUUGCUCUGAUUUGUGCAGAGCUGGCUUGAAGCGCUCCUUGCAAGGCCUCGCAAAGUUUUACCAUCAAGUCCACGAUGCUGGGUCUAUUGGAGAAGCCGGGAUCCUUCCGAUCCACUGUGCUCUUGGUUGGAAGGAAGGACUGCAGUUCUACAUAGAGCGAGGAUGCGAUGUCACCGACACCUUGUCACUUGCCUGCCGUGUCGGCGAUGAAGCGUCUGUUUCAGUCUUGCUCUCUGCCAACAAUAUCUUCGAUGGGCAUUACUACAACUUCUUUCAGGCAUCUUUGAAACGCCGAGACAUCUUCGCUAUGCUUGCCAAGGAGCUUUGGCGACGCUUCGAGCUUCGCAGACAAGACACGUCGGGUGACUGCCGGCUGAGGUCCGAGCCUCCGUGGCCUCACUGCCCCAUAGGUCUCUAUGGCCGAGCGGGACUGACACCACGCCUCGACCUGGGCGGUCAAAAGCUACGGCCCCAUGAGUGUCAUCGGAUCCUGAUCGAGGCUGGGUUCAACGAUGUCGAGCGUCGUUGCGUCCAUCGAAGAACCCCUCUAGCGGAGUUCUGUGACCUGACUGUCACUCCCCUCGAUAGAACUGGGCGGUGCCUGGACGACGAACCGGCUGAGUGGUAUUCUACAAUGGAGCUGUUUCUCAAGCAUGGCGGCAACGCCUGGUUCCGAGGUCCGGCGCCGCCACAAUCAUCAACCCACUGGCCGCAUCUGAGUUUCUACGUGGCUAUCAUUGCCGAGAGGUGCGGGAUGCAAGACGUCCCAAAGCUUGUCAUCGACGCCUGUGCACAUGACGGGCUCCCCACCGAUACUUGCGACUGCUUCUGCUCGGAAGGGGGCUGCAUACCGCCGCAUCUAAUCUGGCACAACAUGCUGACGCGGAUAGGUCAGGAGAAGACCCAGGGGCCGUCCCGCAAGUACACAGCUCAUUCGCAACGCUCCCUGAAAUGCCUGAGGGACUGGGUUAAAAGGUGCGUGCGGUCGAGGCGGAUGAAGGACCGGUGCUACAGAGCGGUGUGUCAGCUCGAGUUGUUCAACCGUCUCGGCAUGCGGCACACCUGCUGUCUCCGCCGCCUACAAGCCACCGCUUUCUGUUUUGAGGAGCACACACAGGCUGGCGAACUCAAAGAGCUACAGUCCGAGGACAGGCCUGCUCGGGGCCAGCUGAAACGGCUCCUGCGGUUCUACGACCUGGCAAGGAAACAGCUCUUCGAUUGGCCGGCGGAAUGCUUCUGGUCAGCCUGGUUCGCCGUGGUGGACAAGAUACUUCCUCCUCUGACCACCACAGAAACUGCAGCGGCAGCUUUGUAUCGUCUCGAAGACGAAGAUGGAGAAGUUGUGGGCGUUCGACACCAUCAACGGAAGCACAUGCUCGAAAAGAUGGGCUGCACUGCUUCAGAGGCCCUGGCUUCGCGGCAGGACCGAUGGAAGCAUAUCCUCAAGACGAUGGGCUACGCCAACGAAGACUUCAAAGACAUCAUAACGGCCCACUUUGGCGAAAUCCUGAUGAGAGCGAGGGCCUCCAGUCGUCAGAGGGCUAGAUGGAGACGCUUCAGGCUGAUGGCCAGCCCGAAAUACCUGCAUAGAGGAAGUCGGCGGAAUCUAACAGAGAUAGUGUUCUGA